UAAUUCCCGUUUUCUCCUAUAAGAUGGAGGACGACGAGGAGGAUUAUUAUGACGAUCAUUGGGAUGACGACUAUAACAGUGACGGACCCAGCAUUAUCGCCCUGUGCGUACCAGAGGACAAAUCCCAGACCAGAACUUCGUGCUCCUGUACAAACGGAGAUAUCUUAAAAUCAAGGCUUGGACGAUAUUCACUUGGACUUAGUGUAGCGCGAGUGAAUAUCAUCCGACCUGAUGAUGAGCCAGAAGUGGAGGAGGAGAGAGUUCCUGAUCCCGACAUGGUGAUCAAACACCCGCUACAGAACUCAUGGGCUAUGUGGUUCUUCAAAAACGACAAGUCACGAGACUGGAAAGACAACCUGAGGGUGAUCACCACAUUCGACACUGUUGAGGACUUUUGGGGCUUGUACAACCACACACUUCCAGCUAGCAAAUUACAGUCAGGCUGUGAUUACAGCGUGUUUAAGGCCGGCAUCCAGCCUAUGUGGGAGGACGCACAGAAUAAGAAGGGAGGAAGAUGGUUGAUCAACCUGAACAAAACUCAGCGCCAGACACAUUUAGACGAUUUCUGGUUAGAAACGCUUUUAUGUUUGAUUGGUGAGGGCUUCGACGAACAUUCAGAAGAGAUCUGUGGUGCUACUGUAAAUAUAAGAAACAAAGGAGACAAACUUGGAUUGUGGACUAGAGAUGCACAGAAGACUGAAGCCACAAAGAAAAUUGGAAUCAAGUUGAAGGAAUCCCUCAGUGUCCCUCCCAAAAUUGUCAUUGGAUUCCAGGCCCACUCGGACACAGCAGGCAAGGCUGGAUCGACGGUGAAAAACCGCUUUACAGUAUAACAGCGGCAGAUUGUUUAGUCAGACUCCCUUGUUGUUCAUUCAAACGACUGCUACACACACGCAUACACACACUCACACACACACACACACAUACACACACUCACACACACACACACACACACACACUCACACACACACACACACACAAAGAUACACUGCUAUCUGCUGUCCCAUUCACACACACUUUGUUGCACACACACACACACACACGCGCGCGUCUCCUGGAACUUCUGACAUACCUCUUUGUCUGUCUUGCAUUUGCCUCCCACACACACACACACUGAACACAUCAGCCAUUUCUUCAUAUGUUCAUACGAAGCGAAAAUAAUGCUGCCAGCAUUUGUCCUCGAAGGGGCUCUGACAAAAUUGCCAGAGUUAAUAUUGUAAGACAGUUUCCAUUUCCCAGGGUAUUGUCUUUUGCUGUUUGAAAUAACGAUUUGUUCUGUUUUGUGAACUUUACUCAACUUGCGACUGUCAGUAGGAAAGAGAUUUUGUUUUCAUUUAUCUUUUGUGCUUGCAUUUAUUGUGUUAUUGGUGACGUGUCCUCUAGCAUUAAGUACCCUUGUAUCUAUUUCAAUAAGUUGUCAAGUUCGUUCCUGCCCCCCCCCCCCCCCUACCUCCAGAAAAUCACAGUGCUUCUUUUUCCCAUGAUUCGAAAUAAAUUUCCUAACCCUCAUUAAUUGUCGUUCUUAAUUACAAGUGUGUGUGUGUAUUACAGUUUUGUUCACUAGUUGUUUUUUUUCCUUCUGUAUUCUUUAUUAUUCAUUCAUUAUGUUCGGCCAGUCAGUGGACAUAGAGACUUGCGUCCAGGUUCUUGUGCGGCCAUUUCUUUCUUCCUUCCUUCCUUGCGUUGAAUGCCAUGUUCUGCUGUUUCAGCUGGCUGAUUCUAUUACACUUGUAUAACUAGGAGGCUUUUGGUUUAGAUUUGGGUUAGGGUUCUGUUUUAAUUUCCUUAUAAUUACCGUACGAUUUAUAUGUGUGUACAUACGUUGCUUUGGAGCUGUGUUGUUUCUUAUCGUUUUGUACUUGAUGCUUCCUUUAGUAGUCAUUGUUGUGAAGUAUUUCCGAGGUGUGUUUUGUGUGUCAUUAUCUUGUUUGCAUUUUGUUGCACCGUAUGGGGGUAGGAAAUAUUUCCUUUGUAAACCACACCUCCUUCCUUCACCGUGGGCGUGCAGGUCGUUUGUGCACAGCGGUCUGCUGGGGAAUGAAACGCGCGUGGGUUUGUUUUGUUUUGUGUUUUUUGUUUGUUGUUGUUUUUUGUUGGAGCGAUGACUCGGAAAUAACUAUUUUAUACAAUGCAGGUUGAUGUUGCUGGGUGUCUGCCUUGAAAAUGAAAAUUGAGCUAGUUUUUUAUUUUCUGUUGUGAUUUUGAGUUUGAAUCGCUGAGACCGCUCUUAUGAUGACAUCUUUACAUUCUAGUAAUUUUGUUUCAACUGCUUUGACUAAAUGAAAAUCUCGCAGUAAUUUUGAGCUUUCUGCUCUGUAGACCAAAUGACAAUCUUGUACAGAGAUAUAGUUUUAAACUGCUUGAGCAGCCGUUAUCAAAGUUACACAUAGAGUCAUAGAGUGCUGAAAAAUGAAUUAAGUUGGGUUGUGUGUUUGUUAGUUGUUGUUUUUUUUGUUGAAAUUUUGAAAUGUACCAUGUCGGGCAGAUGUUAAUUGUAUAAAAUGUUGUGUAUGGUGUGGUCUGUUACCCUGGGUUUGUAUGAGUGAAGAAAUGACUUGUCAUUCAGAUUGUGUGGUGGUGAAGAUUGGUCAACUGCGGUUAGCCCUGUUGUUUGAGUGAAUCGUCUGUGGAGAUGUAUCGUAAUGUAUGUGGUGGUGGUGGUGGUGAUUGGUCAACGAGGAAACGCCUGACGCUAUUAUCAUAUAUGGCAUGGGUGGACUGUUUGUGUGUGGUUGUGAAGAAGAACAAAUGUGCGAGUUUGCUUUCCCCCUCCUCUGUGAUGACUUGUUCUGUAUAUGGUGUGUGUCAUCGGCUGGCUGUGUCACGUGUGUGUGUGUGUGUCGCGCACGCCGGUCACAGGGAAGGGAGCCGUGUCGUCGCCGCCGCCGCUCCCCUUUUUUGUCAGAGUCCCCUCUCGGACAAGUGCUUUUUGUCCACACUGUAUUUAUUACUGAGAGAGUUUUUUUGGGAGGAGUUUUGUGAACGUGGAUGGUGGAGAAGGGUGCAAGGCUUUGUACAGUACGCCAGAGUUGUUGUACAAAAACUUAACAAAGAGUUUCGUUUUGUGGCUUUGUAUUAUGAUGCUUUGGAUUUGUUCCGUGUUUUUGUUCGCUUUUUUUUUUUUUCUUUUUGUUCUUAGUUAGUGUCUCAUGAGAUUUGAAGUCAAUGAUAGCAUUUUGUCUUUGUUUUGGUUGAAUGCAUGGAUUUAUUUUUUGGAGCUCGUUUUGUGACUUUGCGCAUAAAAAAAUUUUGAGAAGUGUCAGUUGUAUCUUUUGCAUAGUUAGUUUCAGACUUCUUUAGGCCAGGGUCAGAAGUCAGUGCAAGUGUGAACUGAAAUAUAGAGAAAAGGUCAAAUUUCAUCUCACAGGUUUUUACAGCUUUUGGAGGCAGGGGAAACUUUUAGACGAAAGAGCAGAAAUUAAUUUUUCAUACCACUUUCAGAAGCUGGGGAAAAGUAUAGAAAAAGUGACCAGAUUGUUAGCGUGUUAUUCUUAGUUGCUUGCCAGAACGAGAAGAUUUUGACAGUUAAGUUUGAGUUGAUUUUCUUGCUGUGUAACCUAUUCUAAAGUUUUCAAAUUCACUAAAAAAAAAAAUUUUUUAAAGAAAUGAAUGAGUUAUGAUUUUUUUUUCCAUCUCGGUCAAGCUUAUCGUGUGUAAGAUUUUCAAUCUUGUAUUGUACUGGACAUCAGUUAUAAUAGGGCAUGCUCAUUUUUAUCACCGCAUUCAUUGACUUUGAAUUAUUCUUGGAAUGGGCACCAUCAAAUGGAUGAAUGAUGAGUUGACAUUUAUUUCACCUAGAGAUCUAGUAAAUGGUAUUUUGUGGAUUUUUUGUUUUGUAUUUUAAUUAAUUUUUUUCCCCCUCCCUCUCAAUAAGUAUAAAAAGCAAUCUGGUCACGCAUGGGUGACUCUGACCUCCUGUGGUGGAUUGACAGAAACUGCUGUCUGUGAUCAGGGAUGGAUCUUAGCUGAACUUGUGAGACAUUUAGAAACUUACCAACACUGGUUGGUAGAUAUGUCAGUUUUGUACAUGUUUUCAAAAAAAGUUCGGGGUUUUACAAACUUAUUGAAGGAUGACGAUAGACAUUUGUUUGGGUGUUUUUUUCCCCCCAUUUUUCACAGUGUUUAACCAAGUUAUAGAAAUAAUUUAUUGAUCUAAGCAUAUUUUUUCUUUUUUUCUGUAAAAAAAGGAAAGACAUUGCACUAAACAGUAAGCAGAGAGGGGAGAUAGCUCCCUCCCCCACGCCCAUUUCUUUCUCAAGCUUGGAAUAAAAUUCUCGCAUGGUCGAUUUUGUUAUUAAGUAAGGUCAGGGAGUUAAUUAUUUUCUCUAUGAAUUGCAGUAGGUUCUAUUUUUGCUGCCAAGUUUUUCUGUAAACAUGUGCUUGUAUCAUAGAGAAUAUUUUGUCCCCAGAAUGGUUUGUUUUUCUUCCUCCAAUGACUCCCAACUCUGUAAAGAAUCUUGAUCAGAUGUGUACAUGCAAAGAUGAUUAUUAAAUAAUAAACUUUUGGAAUUCACU